AUGUGGCAGUCCCACAACAGCUUGGUGCUGGACCUUCUACUGCACAUGUUGGAGGGACUUCAUCUUCACAUGGUGCACAUGUUGGCGGGACUUCUUCUUCACAUGGUGCAACAACUAGUGCAGAGGGUGGUCGAGGACAUGGUCCUUAUGAUGAUGAAGGAGAACACCAGGGAGAAGAUGAUGAAGGACAGGGAGAGUACUAUGGGCAUGAGUAUGAUGAGAUUGGCAUGUCCUAGCUUGAAGAUGCACCCCAAGGAACUCAAGGCCCCUCCGGUUCUGGACGUCCACAGAGGACGCUCAGACCAGUGGAUAGGGUGGGCUAUGAAGUUAAGGACAAAACGGCCUGAAUGGAAGUCCCUUAUGCCUCUACAACUGAGCAGAUUGAGCAGGAAAUCUGCCAUGCGUUUCUUUUUGUUCCCCAAGGUUCAGUCGGCUGGUCAAUCACCAGAUGAUACCCCAGUUUAUCUUAAUGUGUAUGAUUUGACACCAAUGAAUGGCUAUAUAUAUUGGGCAGGCCUGGGCAUAUUUCACUCAGGAAUUGAAGUUCAUGGUGUUGAAUAUGCAUUCGGAGCUCAUGACUUCCCCACCAGUGGGGUCUUUGAGGUAGAACCUCGCCAAUGCCCUGGUUUCAGGUUCAGAAAAUCAAUAUUUCUUGGUACAACAUGCUUGGAUCCAAUCCAAGUUAGGCAGUUCAUGGAGCUGCAGUCAGUAAACUACAACGGAGAUACUUACCAUCUUAUCACGAAGAACUGUAACCACUUUUGCAAGGAUAUGUGCUACAAGUUGACCGGUAACAAAAUUCCCAAAUGGGUUAAUCGGCUUGCCAGAAUAGGUGCCAUUUGCAACUGCCUUCUCCCAGAGUCGCUAAAGAUCUCUCCGGUUGGCCAUGAUCCAAAUAGUCAAUCUGAAGACUCAGAGAAAAGGCGGCUGAGGAACCCAUUUAGUUGUUUCUCUUCGAUCUCGAGUCACCGCCAGCUGCCGUCAUCUUCUCCUUUCCCACCAUCUCCUGUGAAAGAGGGUCUCCCCCAUUGUUCCUCGAGGAAACCCAGCACGGCAUCUCUGAAAAAUAGGGCAAGUGCCGUGCUGUAG